GCGGGGAGCGCAGGAGGUCCCGGGCCCAUGUCGGGGCGGGAGGAGGAGGCUCUGCCCGCCUGCUUUGCGGGGCUGGGAGCGGGCAGCCCGCGGCCGCGGCAGAAGCGCGGCGGGAUGUUCUGCAGUGUGGAGGAUGCCUUCGACAACAAGACGCUGAACUUCGCCUCGCUCGCUGCCUCCGGAACAGGGACACCCGUCGGGGGGCACCGCCGCGGCACCCACCCAGGACCAAGCCCCGCCGCGGGACCGAGCCCCGACCCCGAUCCCGACCCCGGCCCCGAUCCCGGCCCCGCCGCGGCCGCGCCGCCCCCGAGAGCCGCCGCUCCGGCUGCGCUGCCCGACGGCUGCCGGCAGAGUGACCAGCUUCUAAUCAAACGAGGAAAAAUUGUCAACGAUGAUCAGUCAUUUUAUGCAGACGUUUAUGUGGAGGAUGGUUUAAUAAAACAAAUCGGAGAAAACCUGAUAGUUCCCGGUGGCACGAGGACCAUCGAUGCCUACGGGCAGCUGGUGAUGCCGGGGGGCAUCGACGUCCACACGCGGCUGCAGGCGCCCGUCAUGGGCAUGAGCUCGGCCGACGGCUUCUUCCAAGGCACCAAGGCAGCGCUGGCAGGAGGCACCACCAUGAUCAUUGACCACGUGUGCCCGGACGCGGGGAGCGGCCUCCUGGCCGCCUAUGAGCAGUGGCGUGACCGCGCCGACGGCCAGGCCUGCUGCGACUACGGCCUGAGCGUGGACGUCCCGCGCUGGCACGAGAGCCUGAGGGAGGAGCUGGAGGCCCUGGUCAAGGACAAGGGUGUGAACUCCUUCCUGGUGUUCAUGGCUUACAAGGACAAGCUGCAGUGCACUGAUGGCCAGAUGUACGAGAUCUUCUGCAUCCUCCGGGACCUGGGGGCCAUCGCCCAAGUGCACGCGGAGAACGGGGACAUCAUCGAGGAGGAGCAGAAGAGGCUGCUGGAGCUGGGGAUUACGGGGCCGGAGGGGCACGUCCUCAGCCGCCCCGAGGAGGUGGAGGCGGAGGCCGUGUUCCGCGCCAUCACCAUCGCCAGGCAGGCCAACUGCCCCCUCUACGUCACCAAGGUCAUGAGCAGGGGCGCCGCAGACGUCCUGGCUCAGGCGAAGAGGAAAGGCACCGUGGUGUACGGGGAGCCCAUCACCGCCAGCCUGGGCACCGACGGCUCCCACUACUGGAGCAAGAACUGGGCCAAAGCCGCCGCCUUCGUCACGUCGCCCCCCAUCAGCCCCGACCCCAGCACGCCGGAUCACCUCAGCACUCUGCUGUCCAGCGGGGACCUGCAGGUCACCGGCAGCGCCCACUGCACCUUCACCACCGCGCAGAAGGCCGUGGGCAAGGACAACUUCACCCUCAUCCCCGAGGGCACCAAUGGCAUCGAGGAGCGGAUGUCCGUGGUCUGGGAGAAGUGUGUGGUCCCCGGGAAGAUGGAUGAGAACGAUUUCGUAGCGGUGACCAGCACCAACGCUGCCAAGAUCUUCAACUGCUACCCCAGGAAGGGGCGCGUGGCUGUGGGCGCCGACGCAGACCUGGUGGUGUGGAACCCCAAGGCUACGAAAAUCAUCUCAGCAAAAACCCACAAUUUGAACGUGGAGUACAAUAUAUUUGAAGGCACCGAGUGCCACGGGGUCCCAACCAUGGUCAUAAGUCAGGGAAGAGUUGUCCUUGAAGAUGGAAAUCUGUGUGUCACCCAGGGCUCAGGUCGCUUCAUUCCUAGGAAGACGUUCCCUGACUUUGUUUAUAAAAGGAUAAAGGCAAGAAACAGGCUGGCCGAGGUGCACGGCGUGCCCCGGGGGAUGUACGACGGGCCGGUCCAUGAGGUGCCAGCGAGCGUCAAGGCCGUGGCGCCCAGCGCGGCACCGCGAAUCGCGCCCGGCGCCGGCAAAGCCGCGGCCCCGCCCGUGCGCAACCUGCACCAGUCGGGCUUCAGCCUGUCCGGAUCACAGGCAGAUGACCACAUUGCCCGGCGCACGGCGCAGAAGAUCAUGGCCCCGCCGGGCGGGAGGUCCAACAUCACCUCACUGUCCUGACGCUGUCCUGAGCUGUCCCUGCCGGGAAGGGGCCAGCGGGCCGCUCUCCGCGCAGGAGGACAAGCGAGCGAGCGCUUGUCAGCUGCGCCAGCCCUUCCCUCAUAGGUAGAAAGUAGAGUGAUCCCUGAGGUAGCGCUCCCAGCUUGGAUUCUCUGUCAGUGUUCCUCCGCUAGCUGCUUGGAAAGCCCUUCCCUGUGCAUGCGGCACCGCGACGUACCCAGGGCUGCGGGGUCAGCCGGGCCGGCUGGGGGCCGGGGCGGGAAUGAAGGCACAUCCGGGCUGGAUCACGCUCUUUUCCAGCAGCACCCACUGCCCGCUCACAUCAAAGGACUUCCAGCCCGUGAGCACUUCCAUGGUUUCCAGUCAGUGGCCUCUGCCCUGGCCGUGCUCCCGGAGCCACCGUCACCGCGUCUGUCCCUCGGUGGUCACAGCUCAGGGGUGGGUGCAGCCCCGUGUCCCGGGGCAGAGUGGUGCUGGUUCUCCAGGACCUGGCCAUGCCCUGGGCCAGUGUCAGCCUUGUUUUUUAAAGAUUAUUUAUACAGUUUUUCAAGAACUGAGUGUGAGUCCAAUACCCAAUACCAGGGCUCGUUUGGAGGCCAGGUGCGUGCGACACACUUUUUUAUAGAGAUUAUUAUAGCCCAGUUAUUAUAUUUAAAGGUGUGUACAUAGAGUGAACCUCUGGCCAUAGAGCCAUGCAUGUACCUCCAGGAAUGGCUUUCCAUUCCUGUCUACUCCUUGCUUGGAAUAAAGUUGGUUGGAAACCACGAAAUGGUGGAAGUGGUUGAUCCACCCGAGUCCA